UAAACCGCUCUUCCGUCUGUCUCGCGCAUGGGUAGUUCCCUUUACGACUCUGCUGGCAAAGAUGGCGGACACUCAGAACGAGAGGUCUUAUCAGAAGCAGCCUACCAUCUUCCAGAACAAAAAGCGAGUGUUGGUCGGUGAAGCAGGUGCAAAAGAGAAGCUCCCACGUUACCACAGAAAUGUUGGCUUGGGCUUCAAAACCCCCAGAGAGGCUAUUGAUGGCACUUACAUUGAUAAAAAAUGCCCCUUUACCGGCGACGUUUCCAUCAGAGGCCGUAUUCUGUCUGGUGUGGUGACCAAGAUGAAGAUGCAGAGGACCAUCGUCAUCAGGCGUGACUAUCUGCACUACAUCCGCAAGUACAACCGUUUUGAGAAGAGGCACAAGAACAUGUCGGUCCACCUCUCUCCCUGCUUCAGGGAUGUGACUGUGGGCGACAUCGUCACUGUUGGAGAGUGCAGACCCCUCAGCAAGACUGUAAGGUUCAAUGUGCUGAAGGUCACCAAAGCAGCAGGAGCCAAGAAACAGUUCCAGAAGUUUUAAAGCUGUUUGCUGAAGAAUUCUGGAUACUGCUGUAAUGUCAUGACAUUUGGAGGAGAUAUUAAAUCUGUUCUUUA